GUGUGCUUUUCUUCGAAAGGAGGCGGGAAAUGUGCAAUAACGAGCGUCCAGGCUGAUCCCGUCGUUCUCGUUGUUGGGAUCCCUGCAAAUGUCACCGGCAGCUUGACUAAGUUGUGGCUGGAGGAGAGCUGGUGUUGAUCUGUCACUAAUAAGUGUGUGUGGGCAUCCCGUGGCACAUCUUCAGAGUUACUCAACGCUUCUGCAAUUAGAAGGAAGCUUUUAUUAGAAUUGGGCAUUUUUGUUUUCUCCGUAGUUUUUUUUUUUUGUGUUAGUGGUUGAUUAUUUGGUUUUAUAUCUGCAAGCAUUUUAUUAUAUGGCAUUCAAAUGAAAACUUGAAUUUAAUUCAGUUUCGUCUGUAUAGAUUUUUUAUUUAUUUAUUUUUUUUUUUUACAAAACGUGUCGUUUUAGUCCGUGAUCGAAAUACCUGUCGGAAUAUUUGCAUAUUUCAUUCUCCAGGGAAAAGGACAUAUUUAUAUAAAUUUAUAUAAUCUUAUAUAAAUUAUAUAAGAUUGAGAGAUUCCCAUCCACACUUGUUUGUGGUAAUAUGCGCUUUUGAAUGAGAAUGUGACUGUGGAUGAGAUUCAUAAGAAGAUUCAUCACUUGUUCAUCAAUGGAUCCUCUGCAGUGAAUGGGUGCCGUCAGUAUGAGAGUCUAAACAACUGAUAAAAACUUAUGAAGUGAAAAGCCAAUUACAUCGAUGACAUCAAACGCCAAAUACUGACCAAUCCCACCUGAAGGACCGGGACUGACCAUGGCCUUUGAAGAGAUCAAGAAGAAAGGAAUGAUGGAUGUUUCAGGGAUGGAAGGAGAGGUCGGUCUUGUUUCGGGUCGCAGCCAAAGAGAGAAGAGGCGCUCGUAUAAAGAUCUGUUGAGAGAGGAAGAAGAGAUCGCAGCGCAGGUGCGCAAAACCUCCAAGAAACACCUCAAGGAUUCUGAACUUUUCCUAUUAGGAGGAGAUUCUCACAAGAAAAAAAAGAAGCACUUGAGUGAGGACUACUAUCACCGAGAGCAUCACAGCUCCGGCCAGCCUCCCCACAAGAAGAAGCGCAAGUCUUCAGACCGCUCGCCCUCGCUCUCGUCCUCGUCCUCCUCUCACCCGUCCCACUCCACAGACACGGCCAUGGGCCUCCUGGAGGCCAUCACCUCGCCGCUGGCCACGGGCUCCGACCCGGCUCCUCACCUCCACAAGAAACCCUCCUACCCUCCCCAAGCCUCCUCGCACUCCUCCAAAGACCGCAAACGCGACGCCAGCUCCAAGAGCGGCCACUCCUUCUCGCACUCUCGUCCGCCCGGCUCAUCUUCGUCCAAAAAGCAUUCCUCUUCUUCGAAGUCGCUGCUGUUUCACGGAGGGGCCGGGAAGGGAGAGCCGCUGACGCUCUGCGAAGCUGAAGGCCUCAAGAUGAAGCUCAUCCUCUCCUCGAAAGAGAAGAAUGAAGGUGUAGGGGCCAACGAGGGAUUCUCCUUUCCGGUACAUACUUCUUCCUCUUCAGGUGUCACAGGCCAUCAUCCGUCCUCCAACUCGAAGAAGGGAGCGAUGAAGAAGGAGAAAGAAAAAGAUAAAACGAUGUCGAAGCCACCAAAGAAAAAGCAACACAGCCGAGAGCCGUUGCCUGUUGUGGGGAAAGAGGUGGAGGUUGUGGGGCAUUACGGUGGGUCUUACGGCGGUAUGGGAGGAGACAGCUCAUCUUCAGGAGGAGAGCUGGAGGCCGGCGAGCUGGUGAUUGACGACUCCUACACGCAUCUCUCUAAAAAGAAGAAAAAGAGCAAGAAGAGCAAAAAGAAAAAAGAUAAAGAGCGAGACAGAGAGAAAGGAUCCAGGGAGAAGAAACACAGCAAAGGAGGAAGUGGAGGCAAGAAAAGCGGCCCAGGUGAUCAGUCUAGAAGCCACUCCCACUCCCAUGGCUCAUCCAAUCACAGCUCUUCCGGUGGCAUGUACGCUAUGGCUCCACCCACAUCAUCUCAUCAUCAUCAAAGCGUUGAACUGGUCGGAGAGAAGAAAAAGAAGAAGGAAGACAAGGACAGAGACAAACAUGACAAGGACAAGCCGAAGAAGAAGAACACGACAGCCUAUCAGGUGUUCUGUAAGGAGUACAGGGUCAACAUCAACGCGGAGCAGCCCGGGUUAGUAUUCGGGGAGCUGAGUAAGAAACUCGCAGAGGUCUGGAAACAACUGCCCGAAAAAGACAAACUGGUUUGGAGGCAGAAAGCUCAAUAUCUCCAGCACAAGCAGAAUAAAGCUGAAGCCAUGACAGUCAAGCGGAAAACUUUAACAACCUCAGACAGUAAAAGUAAAGGCUCGAGUAAAGCUGUCAGUUUAGGGCCGGGAUUGGCCCCUCAGGGCCGCUCGUCUUUGGGUAUGUCCUUGUCUCCGGCGCGGGUACCCGAUGUGGAUCCCAUAGACGCAGCAGCUCACCUGCAGCUGCUGGGCGAAUCGCUGUCUCUGAUUGGACACCGACUUCAGGAGACGGAGGGGAUGGUGGCGGUGUCUGGCAGUCUUUCGGUGCUUUUAGACUCUAUUUUAUGUGCUCUCGGUCCAUUGACCUGCUUGACGGCACAAGUUCCCCAGCUCAACGGCUGCCCACGCAACAUCCUGUCAAAUACUUUGGACAACAUCGCUUACAUAAUGCCUGGACUAUGAAUCUCCUAAAAGGCACUUAUAAGAGACUGGGUUACAUUUGGACACGUUCUCCGAAGCACCAAACAGAGGACCAGAGUUUCUUUUUUUAACUUUUUUCUGAUCCGUGGACAUUCGUAGCCUCUGACAUGUUUUUAAAAAUAGUAUUUAAAAUGUUAGCCUUUUUUUAUUGUUGUAAAAAAAAAAGAUAUCCAAUUUUUAGAGGACGCUUUUGAGGUUUCCCUUUUGUGUUUGUCUUUAGUUUCGAUGUCUGUUUUAAGUGUUUGUGUGUGUGUGUGUGUGUGUGUGUGUGUGUGUGUGAGUGUGUUCUAGUUCACACACUUUCAUGAUGUCCAAAACAUUUAGGUUUUAUACAAUUAUGUGCAGUUUCUUUUUAGGGCCAAGUGUUUUUUUUUUUCUAAUUUAAUGUUGAGUUAAUUUAUAUCAACAGCAGUUUAACUGCACUGUCAUCAUUUUAUGUCUUACAUAUUGUAUUUUUGUAAUGCAAAUGUUGUAAUAAUAUUAUAGUUUUCAACUUUUAGCACGUUUACAGGGCAAGCAUGUGUAAAAUAAUUUUAAAGGUGCAGUAAGUACUUUUUAUAUCAUAUUAAAUUCAUAGUUAAUUUCAAAUGUUGUUGUGCACAGACGUGAAUCAGUGGACAAGGACUUUCCUCACAUAACCAUAAUUUAUAGUGCACUUUUGGUUGCAGAAUAACUUGUCAGAUACAUUUGUUUGUGACAUAGUUAAUUGAAAAGUUUUGCGGUAUCCAGCUCGACAGGCAUCCGUAUGCAUAAAAAAUACUUACUGCACCAACAAUUUAGUUUACAUUUAAAGUGAUAAUUUUAAACAAGUGACUGUUGGUAGUUUUAGAAGAUGAAGGAAAAAAGUGAAAUAUAUUUGCAUUCAUAUGUGUGCAUUUUGCAUCAACUUAUUUUCAUUAAAUCUCAAAGACCUCAA